UUUUGUUUUGAUUUGCAAUCGUUGGAUACGCCACCGUUGAACGACGGGCAGGAGGUGCUUUUUUUGUUGUUUUGUUUCUUUAGCAGAAACCAACCCAACCACCCCGUCAUGGAAUCGUCUUCGUCUUCAAAAGGACACGCGCCCGAAACGGUGCCGGAAGAUCCGGAAGCCUGCCUGAUCGAAGACAUGGAGGAGGAGCGGAGAAACUUUUUCAAAAUCAUCGCCGCCUUCAAGUACUACAGGCACAGCUCGAUGGCGGAACUGAAGCGGAAGGAGUGCUUUCUCGAGACGCUACCACCGGCCCACCAGCAGAUGCUGACCAGCUACCGGGAGCACCUGCAGAACCAGCGGCGCUGCGUCGAGGUGAACGCGCAAGUGAUCAAGCAGAUCAUACAGGACGCCAACUGUCUGUUUCAAAAUGCGGACCACAACAUCGAGCCCGAGCUGCAGCCGGCGGACGGGUUGAAGCUGCGCUAUCAGGACUUUCAAAAGGUAGCGUUGCGGCACCGAUCAAAGCCGAUUAGUGACGAAAUUCAUUCACCCACGUGGUGGUUCUUUAUUCCUGCACAGGUGCAAAUCACGCUGAAGCAAAUCUUUCGCGACUGGAGCGAGCAGGGCAAGCUGGAGCGGGAUCAGUGCUACAGCCCAAUCGUACAGGAGAUUACGGCCUUCUUCAACCCGGCAAAGUAUGACCUGACAAAGGUGAAAAUUCUGGUGCCCGGCGCCGGGCUAGGGCGGCUAAUUUACGAGCUUGCCUGCCAGGGGUUUUACUGCGAGGGCAAUGAGUUUUCGCUCUUCAUGCUCAUUGCGUCCAAUUUUGUAUUAAACAGAUGCGUUGCUGCAAAUCAGUGUACAAUCUACCCGUGGGUGCACCAGGUGGUGAACAAUCUGAGCCAGCAGAAUCAGCUCGUUCCGGUUUCCUUUCCCGACGUUAGCCCCACAAAAUUCCCACCCAAAGGGACGAUGAAUAUGGUGGCGGGAGACUUUCUGCAGGUAUACCGGGACGAAGAUUACUGGGAGUGUAUAGCCACCUGCUUCUUCAUCGACUGUGCUAACAACAUCAUCGAGUUUAUCGAGGUGAUCAAGAAGAUACUGAAACCCGGCGGCAUUUGGGUGAAUCUGGGACCGCUGCUGUACCACUUUUCCGACGUGCCGCAGGAGGGCAGCAUCGAGCCGACGUACGAGGAUCUGCUGGAAAUUAUUCGCUCUCUUGGUUUCAUCAUUCUCAAAAAUGAAACAAACAUCGUGACGACGUACUCGCAAAACCCCACCUCAAUGCACCAAAGCCACUACAACAGCAUAUACCUGGUUUGCCAGAAACCAAACAACUGACCUUAUGCCAUCGCCUUCGCCAUCGUAGGCCGUAAUGAAUGUUGCGAAAUCAAAAGGAUUUAUAUGAUACACCGAGCAGGAUGUAACGAACUAUUUUCAUCGGAGCGAAUAAAGAGAAUUGAUUACGCUUUUCCCA